CGCAAAGAGUUGUGGGUAAAAUAAGCAAAAAUGGCGACUUCCAUGCUGUUUUGAUGCACGUGAACAACAGUAGACCAUGGCCAACAGAGCAGCUCAGCAAUGGGGCACCUUUGCCCGUGUCUGGUAUCUGUUAGAUGCAUCGCAGCAGCCGCCGGGAAGAAUAGCGGCAUUAGUGUCACCGCUACUACAAGGAAAACACAAACCAAUUUACCAUCCACUCAGUGAUAUCGGUGACCACGUAGUGAUUUAUAAUACCAGAGAGGUUGCUUUCUCUGGUGAUAAAUGGAACACUAAGCUGUAUCAUCAUCAUACUGGAUACCCUAAGGGGUUCAGUUCCACUAAAGCCAAAGAUGUUCAUCUGCUGGACCCUACUAAAGUCGUGCACAAAGCCAUAUACGGAAUGUUACCCAAGGUGCUACUAAGGCGAACAAUGAUGGAAAGAUUACACCUCUACCCUGACAACAAAAUUCCUGAAGACAUCUUAGCUAAUAUUUCGGAGCAGAUUACCCCACCUAGAAUUAUACCUCGCAAAUUAACAGAAUACUCGCAAGAAGAACUUGACAACUUUCCAAAACUUUGGCAUCCUGGUGAAGAUCCUGAGCUCAGGUAGAAUUUGAACUUGAACUUUCAAGGUAUAAUGUUCCAGCUCACCACCUUCACAUAUUACUUUGAAGUAUAUUAUUAAAGGAAGUGGUGUAUGUUAAUUGUGCCACCACAGUUGAAAUAGAGAAAUGUCCAGCCAAUCAGAGUGCUCCUUUUAUCUGGUUCAGAGAAUAUGAUGUGAUGUGCUGUUCUGACAAUUGGAGCUGGUACAGACAUGUGACAGAUGGCAUGACCUGAUUAAACAGACUGACUGUGGCUCACUGUUAGCAGAUUUCACGUUUUGUACAAUAGAUAUCGUUUGGUGCUGCCUAUUCUAGUGUUAGCAGUGUGUCAUUUCGCAACUAUCUCAACAGUAUUGGUGCAUAAUAGUGAUUCUCCCCUCUCAGCCCA